UUGCUCGUUGAAACCAAAGCUGAAAGGAGCAAAAGAAGAAAUGGAAGGAGCUUCUUUCAAACUGGAGGGAGGAGAAGGGAAGGAGGAACUGUCUGACAUCUCCCUCCGGCCAUUAGUUCUUGCAGACAUGGAUGAUCUCAUGGUGUGGGUUACAGACGAUCAAGUGGCUCAUUUCUGCAGAUGGGACACUUACAAAUCUAGAGAAGACGCCUUGAAUUAUAUUAGGGAUGUCGCUAUUCCGCAUCCUUGGCUAAGAGCAAUUUGCUUGAAAAACAGGCCGAUUGGUUCUAUUUCAGUCACGCCGGGUUCUGGCAAUGAAAAAUGCCGUGGUGAGCUUUCAUAUGCUCUGGCCUCCGAGCACUGGGGCCAAGGUCUCGCUACUCAAGCUGUCAAGAUGGUUGUCUCCUCUCUGUUCCAUGAUUUCCCAGAUUUAGAGAGACUCGAAGCUCUAGUUGACUCGAGGAAUUUGAGGUCUCAGAGGGUCCUAGAGAAGGUCGGAUUCACCAGGGAAGGUAUUCUGAGAAAGUAUCGGAUUGUAAAGGGGAGCAGUCGAGAUUUAGUGAUGUAUAGUAUUCUCUCUGUUGAUCUCAAAAGCUUAUCAUUUGUUUGAUUUACAGAAGUAAAUUGAAAUUUGGGGUUUUCACUUUUUCUAUUUCAAAGUGUAUAUCAGAAUUAUGUUUGUUUUUUAAGUGGUGGUUA